AUGGGAAAUUAUUCCUCAAAGCAACAACGCAAGCGUGUUAGAGACACCGAUGCUUCGAGUCCGACCAUUUCGAAGAAACAGAGACACGAAAAAUUGGUUGAAUUACAGUCAGAGCAGUGCGAGAGCGAAUCGCCUCUUCUUCUUCCCUUUUCGGACUCUUUGGAGAAGAUCGAUGUGCCAUCAGCAUCCGAAGCAAAUUUUAACCUACCUGCUCCAUCCACCUCUGAGAAUGGAAACAAUUACUACGUAUUCUUGAGCUUUAGAGGGUCUGAUACUCGGAAAGGCUUCGUCGAUCACCUCUACCAAAGACUCAAAGCUGUGGGCCUGAGGUGCCAUGCAAACCCUGUCUUUAGAGAUGAUGAGGACCUCCCCUUCGCCGAGAAUAUUGGUGAAAAUCUCAUUAGUGCAAUCGAGCGCUCUAAAGUUUCAAUCCCAAUCAUCUCGGAAAAUUAUGCUAAUAGCAAAUGGUGCCUCCGCGAGCUCAUCCAUAUAAUGAAGUGCAAGGAAAGCAGAGGACAAAUGGUCUUGCCCGUGCUUUACAAGGUGACACCCAAGGACGUGCGACAGCUAGAGGGGAGCUUUGGAAAGGCCUUCAAAUCCUGUAAGGAUAAAUUUGAGGAGGAGGUCAAGCAACAGGGGCCACUAGCUCUCAGAAAGGCAGUUGAUCUUAGAGUAUUCGAAUCAGAGAAAUUUGCUGAUGGGCGUGAAGGGGAGUUGAUAAAUGAACUCGUAGAAAUAAUAUUGCAUAAGCAACAACAUGAUUUUCAACCACAUCUUCCCGUAAACUUGGUUGCAAUCGAGGAUCAUGUGGCUAAGGUUAUGGAAUUGGUGGAUCUUGCUUGCCGUGACACUUGA